GUGGGCGUGGCCUAGAGGCGAGAGAACUACGGUGGCCUUCAAUCAGAGCGGAAUCCUCUGGUGGUGGUUUGCUUCCAAUGGCGGGCGCUUCUCUCUGGCCUUGAGGCCUUCCCUCCGGCUGAAGCCUGGCGAACACCCCACAGCCGCCAUGGACCCCAUGUGGGCGCCUUUCUCCAACAUGGGCGCCCCCAUGGCCCUGCCGCCGGCCCCUUUCCCCAUCAUAUUCCAGCCGUCAGCGCCCUUUCCCAAGCCCUUCCAGCCGCCGAAGCCUUCGCCCAAGGCCGCCCAGCCGACGGAGCCGUCUUCUCCCGAGCCCGCCCAGCCGCGCCGCCUGAGCUACGCUUCCUACGACGAGCCCCGCUACAGCCGCCUCCUGGUGGUGCCGGAGGGGAAGUACCGCUUCCUGAGGAGGCACUUCGCCUCCUUCGGCGACAUCGAGGAGGUGUGGGGCCCCAUCAGCGGCAGCGGCACCGCCAAGAAGAACCCCCGGGGCCCGGUCUUCGUCAAGUACGCGCGCAGUUCCCAGGCCUUGCUCGCCCUCGAGGCCUCCGUCCAGGUCCCCGGCAUCUCUCAGGUAUAUUUGGCACAAAGCAGAGUUCCUGGAAAAUCAAAUGAACUGGUUGUGGAUGUUCAGAAAUUAACUGAAAUACAUAUCACAGUCCUACCAUCUUUUAAUAAAAAUCACCUGGUGAAGACAUUUCAGGUUUAUGGAGCCAUUGUUUCAUGUUCCUUCAUAAAGAACAAGGUUGAAGAAUCUAAACAUUUGGCAAUCAUAAAAUUUUCAAAGGCAUCCGAAGCUGCUUUGGCCAUAGAGGAGUGCGACAAAAGAUUUCAAGCCGUUUGGGCAGAGCCCAAACCAGAUCCCCCUAAACACCCUGAGCUCAGAUUUGGUGUGUAUGGUACCCAGCAGGGGACAACAAAACAUGAAGUCCAAGGAGCCACCUUAAAUACUAUAUGUAAAAACACCAGUCUGGCUAAGGUUGUUACAGAGCCCAGUAAAGUAUCUGAAUCCAAAUCUCCUGUGAACAAUACAAAACAGAAAACAACAUGCAAAGAAGUACAAGAGAGCAGCGUGAAUACUUUGGGUAAAACCACCAGUCUGUCUGAGAUGGUUACAAAGCCCAGUGAAUUAUCUGAAUCCAACUCUCUUAUGGCCAAUCCCAAAUACGAGACAACAAGCAAUGAAGUAGAAGUGAGCAGCUCAAAUACUUUGGGUAAAAGCACCAGAAUUACUGAGCCCAGUAAAUUGUCUGAAUCCAACUCUCCUAUUGCCAAUCCCAAACACAAAACAACAAGCAACGAAGUAGAAGUGAGCAGCUCAAAUACUUUGGGUAAAGAUACCAAAAGGGUUAAGCCUGCAAUGAAACCUGUGGCAUCCUCUGAAUCCAAAUUUCCUGUGAACAAUCCCAAACACAAAACAACAAACAAUGAAGUAGAAGUGAGCAGCUCAAAUACUUUGGAUAAACAUACCAAAUGGAAUCAGAAACCUACUGCUCCUUCUGUGAUCUGCACUGAAAAGAAAACAGUAACAUCUGAAAUGCAAUGGAGCAACUUGAUCCCUGUAGUUUCCAGGACCACUUUGAAUGUGCCUGUGAACAGGACUGAAUCUAAACCUGGUGGUACAGGACAGAAUACCAUCACCCAUAGAAUCUCAAGCAGCAAUUUGAUUAUUUUAGGUUCCGAACCUGGGUCAUCUGUAGAUAGCUCCACCAGAAGUAAGAUAGAACAGAAAAGAAGCAGAACAUGUAGAAGCAACUUAAUCACUUUAGCUUCAGUUGACAACACCACUUCAUCUGAGCCCGCAGCCAGGGCACCCGAAUCUAGUGUAAACUACCGGGUGAAUCACACAGAAGAGAAGAUAAACUUCACCAGUGCAGAGGAAAACAACUUGAUUGCAUUAGGUUAUAGUGCCAAUGAAGUUCAGCAAGUUUUUAAGCCACCAGAACACUAUGGAUAUGAAUAUUAUGUGGGUGGUACAGAUUACAGUGCCGCUUUGUCUGAACCUUCAAUGCACCCACCUGGAACUAAUUUGCACUCCUACUAUUAUACAAGUGGUGUAGAACAGCAGGCAGAUGACCACAGUGUAAAAGAGAGCAACUUGAUGUCUUCAGGUUACAGCACAUAUUUGCCUGUAUCUGUGACUCAACCACUUGAACCCAGUGUUUGCCCCAUUUAUGAGAGUACUGCAGAACCAGAAGUAAAGAGUGCUGAAAUACAACAUGAUACUGUGUUUACUACAGAUAAGUCCCUGAAAUCAUCUGAAUGGAAGUUCUACAUGGGUGGUGCACGUCGUAAAAAAAAGAACCAAGGGAACAGCUUGCUUACCUCAGUGGAUCCACCAGACCUUGCAAGUGUGGAAAGGGGUAAUACCAGAAAACAAGAAUCAAUCUCGAGACAUUUAUUAAUGUUUUCGGAAUUCCCAUUGACUGAAGAGCAAAUAUUUGGCUUAUUUGAUGUCAUCCCAGGAUUGGAAUCUUGCGAAACUCGUCCAGGUCUUCGUAGUAAACGUGUAUAUGCAAUGGUUCAGUACAGAAAUGUUGCAUCUGCUGUGUAUGCCAAACACAGACUACAUGGUUUGGAAUAUCCUCUUGGGAAUCAGCUGCAUGUUAGUUUCAUGAAAGACAAAAUACAUGGAACUCAACUCCUCCAAGAAAUGGCAACACAGCUGGUGACUUCACAUCUGGCUUCAAUGAUAUGGGAUAAUAAUUGGGCUCCUCAACUUCUGAGGUCUGCUGAGUCUUGGAUUCCUCCCCCUCGUCUCCAAACAGACGCUGCGCUUCCAUCAUACAAAAGGAAAGCUCCCCCGGACUCUUCUAUACGUGAAAGGCUUUUAAUCAUAUUUGAUCCCUGUCCCUUACCUCAAAAUGUCUUGGAUAAUGUAUUAAGUCGGUUUGGACAUUUUAUAGCCAGUCACCUUAUCCCUGGGAAAAAUGGGGCUUAUGCCAUGUUUGCAGAGAGAGCAAGUGCUAGUGAUGCCAUAGCUAUGCUACAUGGGAAAACUGUGAAUGAUGUGAAGUUGAAGGUGACACUGUCUGAUCUGCCUACAGACGACUUCAGUAAACGCCAGCGGUUAUUCUGACUGGGCAGAAUAGAGUUCCUUCAAGAUUGUUCAGUAUUUUUUAAUUUUCUAUUGCAUCAAGAAUUGAAUCAGGGCCAUUUAGUACUUUGUGCUGUUUUCUUCAAAAAACAGAGAACAUUGACAAAACAGCUGUGUCUGCUAGAGACCAAAAAGCUUUUUUCAAUAUAUGGAGCUAAGAAGUCUAGUUUUGUGAAAAUCUUUAUUUCUAAUUGAACUUUAGUUCUAACAUUUGCUUUGGAUAUCACCAUUCUUUGUUAUAAUAAUAACUGAUGGUCUGACAUUUUGAUUUUGACAUUUUACCUGUCCCUGCACUGUAUGUUUAUGGAAUUCUGAUGUUCAAAUGACUGUAAUAAAGAAAUUCACAUGUAUGGUAAUAAUUAGAAUCAAAGACCAACACUAGACAGAACCCCUGUUCUUGUGCCAUGAAGUAAAAAGAUGUGACUAUAACUGACACAUACUCCAAGACUGCUAUCUUCCCAUUAGCUCUUUUCUGAUUGCUAUAGAAAUAGCAAUUUUUCAUACCUCAUUUUGGCAUUUUAUUCUCUCCAACCUUGCUCCCUACUUUUCUUUCAUUCUCUUCCUGCUUUCAGUUCUCUGUCUUUUCUUGCCUGUUGUACUAUGUAUUUGGUACAAUUGUUCUUCAAGAUAUGACUUCUUUUAAGUAAAAUAUCAGUUUCUGUACUAGAGAAGCCCAGUUGUCUUGACUAAAAAUGUGUCUUAGAGAGUAGCAGCCAAAAAAAAAAAACCCUAAAAAGUCUUCCACCCAGCCGAAAAAUCUGAAAGCUCUCAGGUUGAAGAGAGUAGAAUUAAGUUGUUUAUUAAGGCUAGAUUUUUAUUUGCUAGUCCAGAGCAUUACUGGGAAACUUGGCCCAGUCCUAACGUGUUCUCUCUCCAAGGUGACUGAGAGCUUUAUGAUUAUCUUUGCUUUGUAUACCUCUGCAUGCUUGCCAAGAACAGUUAAAGUUCUGUAAUACUGAGUUGGUGUUAAUUUGAACAAAUAGCAAGAAGAUCUCUUAAGGUCCUCACAGAACCAAUUUGUUGAUAGCUUUGGUCAUUAUUUGUAUUAUUUGUCCCUUUAUUCUUUAUUUUGGGGUCAGUCAUUACCCUUGAGGUCAUGCAGCUACCAUUAAUCUCUUCCUAAUCAAUUUCCUUCUUCUUGAAGAGACUCAAGGCCAACAGAGACAACCAAAAGCACCACUACUGAAGAAGAAACACCCACAGGGCUUCCAUUUCCGCUGACAUUUUAUUCUUUUGGAUAAAUGUAGCUCCCAUGUAUAGUGCAGCUGCAAUCCAAAAUAAGAACAGUUGCUCUGACCCAAAGGGUAGCCAUGCAACAGAUGCCAUAGUGGAGCUGACCCAAACAAGCACCUUUCCUCAGACCCAGUGUUGCGAGUGGACCUUUUAUGGCAGCAGGUGGUUGAAUAACAGCAACAAAAGUGUUUUACCUAAAAGAUGUAUGUGGCCUUGGGGAUACUUCUUGAACUAAUGUGUGUAUUUGAGACUCAGUUCGCCUCAGUGAUUGAAAGUAACUUUUACUUCUGCCAUUGAUUUGACUAGCUUCAAUUUCUAGACAGAGGUAGCCUGGCCACAUUGGUUUGUGUUCUGUCAGCAUCACAGUUAGAUUACUGCAACUUGUUAUAUUUGAGACUGCCCAUGGAGAUGAUAUAUAAGUUCAGCAAAUACAGAAGCAACAACAAGGACUUCCACCAGAAUUGCCAGAUGGAAUCCAAAAUCUGCAGGAACAACUAUCUUAGCAGCCUCCACUGACUUAACACCAGGACCUCAGGAGCAGCUCCUCUCCAAGAUCUGUGCCUAUGUCACACAUGAAGAAAGAAGAACACCUUUGCAGCUGUGGCGCCGCAACAUGGACUGUCCUCCCACAGAGGUGCAACCGAAAUGAACACUCAGGUUGUUUUAACACCAGCUUGAACUAUUUCUAUUUGCCAAGCCAUUUGAAUUGGCUGCUUUAGCAUUUUUACUGCUUUUGUUUUGAUGACUUUUUUUUUUAGUUGUGAGUUGAAUGAUAUCUCAUUGUAUUAACUCUUGCUUCUGUACUAUACCCUUCUAUUUGUAAAGAUGAAAGGUAGUUUUAAAAUAUUGUAACAAGAGAUUGAUAGCUUGGGGUAGGAGUGAGUUCUGCCCAAUCUUCUUCUCUAUUUUUGGAGUUCUCCCUCCUUCAUACUUUGCUGUGAAGCACAGGGCAUGAAUUUGCCAGCUGUGCCCCUUGAGGUCUAUAGGAGAGCCUUGGAGCCAAUCAUUUCUUUACUUGGACAGUUUUCUAAAUUCCUUUGUAAGCACAGAGAUCAUAUAUGAGACCUCAAGAACCAGAUACAGGUAAGCAGCCCAUCCCUUUUGUUGCAGGGUCAAUGCUUUCUCUCCGCUCCUUCACUUCGUAGUUCAUUCAUCAUAUUCCUAAGUGAAAUGUGCUCAUGCCAGUGACAAAGUGUUGGACAUUAGUAAUGAACAUUAUUACUGCAGCCAUCUCUCUCCACUUCCUGUAUCAUUGAGUAAACACCUUUUAAGAAAUUAAAGGUCUUCAACUAGUUGAA